GACCAGCUACUAAACUCUCCUCUUACUCUCUGCUAUUUAUAUCACUAACUCCUCUCAAAGCUUUCACUUCACACUUCUCUUCUCUUCCGUCUCUCCCUAACGCACUAUGGAGAGAUAGCAUUUCUCUCUUCUCUCUCAGAUCUGCGUCUCUUCCAAGAACCACAGCGCAACGCUGCUGAUUCGCUUGCGAGGAAUCUUGUUCCGCGUUCGCGUGUAAUUCAUCUUUGAAUUCACUCUGACAAGAUGGCUUUGGGGAAAUAUACUAGAGUAGAUGGUAGAAGAUCAUCGAGUUGGUGUUCGACGGUGACUGUUGUCGUGUUUGUGGCUCUAUGCUUGGUUGGUGUUUGGAUGAUGACAUCAUCUUCAGUUGUCAAUGUGCGUAGUGGAGAUCAGGCUCAGGAGAGUAAUACUGAAGUGAAAGAAAAAACCGAGGUGAAAGAAUCGGUGAGUGAGAUCAGCAAUAGCAAUAGUAGGCAGUUUGAAGAUAACCCAGGUGAUUUGCCCGAGGAUGCAACCAAGGGGGACAGCAAUGUGACCUCUGAAGAUGACUCGAACCCUUCAGAUAAACAAGAAGAGAAGUUGGAGGAAAAUCCUGUAGAGAAGUCUUCUGAAGAUGCAAAGACAGAAGACGGGGAUAAGAAAAUUGAGGAGGAAGGUUCUAAUACAGAAAAUGAAUCAAACUCAGACUCUGCGGAAAGUAACAAAGACAGUGACGAGACUUCCACCAAGGAAUCUGAUUCCGAAGAGAAUGAAAAGAAAUCUGAAUCAGAUGAUAACAAGAAGUCUGAUUCAGAUGAAAGUGAAAAGCAAUCUGAUAACUCUGAUGAAACAACAGAUAGUAAGAUAGAGGAAAAGGUGGAAGAAAAUGAUAACAAGGAAUCUGAUGAAAACUCUAGUGAGAAGAAUACAAAUGAUGAUACCAAACAGCAGAGUUCAAAUGAGGUAUUCCCUUCUGGGGCUCAGUCAGAGCUUCAAGAUGAAAGUACGACACAAACUGGGUCUUGGUCAACUCAGGCAGCAGAGUCUAAGAAUGAAAAGGAGUCUCAAGAAUCCUCCAAGCCAGCAACUGGGUACAAUUGGAAGCUUUGCAAUGUCACUGCUGGUCCCGAUUUUAUCCCAUGCCUUGACAACUGGAAAGCUAUUAGGAGUCUCCGGAGUACUAAACACUAUGAACAUCGAGAAAGGCACUGUCCUGAAGAACCUCCUACCUGCCUUGUUUCUCUUCCUAAAGGAUAUAAACGCUCAAUCGAGUGGCCUGAAAGCAGAGAAAAGAUUUGGUAUUACAAUGUUCCACACACCAAGCUUGCUGAAGUUAAGGGCCACCAGAAUUGGGUGAAAGUUACUGGCGAGUACCUUACUUUUCCUGGGGGUGGAACCCAAUUCAAGCAUGGGGCACUUCAUUACAUUGACUUUAUACAAGAGACUGUACCUGACAUUGCUUGGGGCAAACGCACACGUGUUAUACUAGAUGUUGGAUGCGGUGUUGCAAGUUUUGGAGGUUUUCUCUUUGAUAGAGAUGUACUUGCUAUGUCACUUGCACCAAAGGAUGAACAUGAAGCUCAGGUACAAUUUGCACUUGAAAGGGGGAUUCCUGCUAUAUCUGCUGUGAUGGGCACAAAGAGGCUUCCCUUCCCCGGGAAAGUAUUUGAUGUAGUCCAUUGUGCACGAUGUAGAGUUCCAUGGCAUAUAGAAGGUGGUAAACUUCUUUUGGAGCUGAAUAGAGUAUUGCGACCUGGUGGUUUUUUUGUGUGGUCAGCUACUCCUAUUUAUCAGAAGCUUCCUGAAGAUGUUGAAAUAUGGAAUGCCAUGAAGAAACUAACAAAAGCAAUCUGUUGGGAACUCGUGUCAAUCAGCAAGGAUCAAAUAAAUGGAGUAGGUGUAGCCGUAUACAAGAAGCCAAUGUCCAACGAGUGUUAUGAGCAACGUUCAAAGAAUGAGCCUCCGCUGUGUCCAGACUCUGAUGAUCCUAAUGCAGCAUGGAACAUUCAAUUGCAAGCUUGCAUACACAAAGCGCCUGUUAGUUCAAAGGAACGAGGGUCAAAAUUGCCAGAUAAGUGGCCAGCCAGACUGACCAAAGUGCCUUAUUGGUUGCUGAGUUCCCAAGUUGGAGUUUAUGGAAAGCCUGCUCCUGAAGAUUUCACUGCUGAUUAUGAACACUGGAAACGCGUAGUGUCCAAGUCUUAUCUAACUGGGAUGGGAAUCCAAUGGUCAAAUGUACGCAAUGUCAUGGAUAUGAGAUCUAUCUACGGAGGAUUUGCUGCAGCUUUGAGAGAUUUGAAUGUUUGGGUCAUGAAUGUGGUUACAAUAGACUCCCCAGACACUCUACCCAUUAUCUACGAACGAGGUCUUUUUGGUAUAUAUCAUGAUUGGUGUGAAUCAUUUAGCACGUAUCCUAGGACCUAUGAUCUCCUCCAUGCCGAUCAUCUGUUUUCAAAGCUUAAGAAAAGGUGCAAUUUGGCUGCUGUAGUGGCUGAGGUUGAUCGGAUUCUCCGGCCUGAAGGAAAACUUAUUGUUCGUGACACUGUUGAGAUCAUUGACGAGCUUGAGAGCAUGGUAAGGUCUAUGCAGUGGAAGGUUCGCAUGACUUACUCCAAGGAUAAGGAGGGCUUGCUAUGUGUGCAGAAGUCCACGUGGCGUCCUAAGGAGCAGGAGAAACUCGAGUAUGCUAUUAUUUAAGCACGGAUGGAAUGUCAAAGUUCUUGGAUUUUUGGGCUACUCGAAAUUCCUUUGUAUAAGUGUACUUCCACUACGAGUCAUGUAUCAUGGUAGUUAGGAAUCUAUUUUAUUUUCUUCGUUUUCUAUUGGGUAUUAAUUUUGAUAUCCUCUAUUUAAAUUUAUAGAAUGGUGACCUUUGUUGUAACAUGGUGCCAUAGCGUGAAGGAAAUUUUAUCACAUUAUUGCAAAUGUAGAGAGGUCAUAAUUAUAAUUAUAAGCAUGUAAUAGUUGAGAAUUUGGAAUAUGCACCUCACCAGAAAUGGCAGUAUUAAUCUAAAUUAUAAUGCUCCGACUUUA